AUGAGUACAAACGGUACAGAAGUGAGCCUCUCCAACGAUCUACCCCGACUCCUGAAAUGCUCCGUUGGCGUGGUCGUCACCUUUGGCAUUAUUUUUGCAAAUCUAAUCAUCAUUAUUGCUCUGCUACACUCUAGGAAGUACCUCUCCAGACAAACCCGAAUUUUCCUCCUUAAUGUCGCUCUAGUCGACUUUCUCACCGGGCUUUGUAUUGUACCCCCGCUCACCGUGGUGGAGAUAUCCAACAAUGCCAACUCCUACGCCAAGUUCUUUUACCUCUAUUGGCUCACAGUUGGAGGAUUAUUGGUUAAUGCUCGUGUUCUUGCACUCGUAGUUGUGGCGUUGGACAGGUAUCUUGCCAUCUGCCAUCCCAUACGCUAUCCAGAUCUACUUGCUUUCUCACGAGCUCGAUUAAGUCUAAUGCUGUCGUGGGGCCUGGCUUUUGCUAUGGCUCUGCCUCAGCUAGUCGUCUUCUCAACCGAACUUGUCCAACAACCACAAAAUACAACGGAGAUAACACACCAGCCUCAUGAUUGGACCUACACUACCUCUCCUGUGCUCCGUGGAAUACUUGUAUUCAUGUUUUUCCUCCGCUUUGUUUUCCCUCUUACGUUAAUGCUUGUGAUAAGCAUUCUGGCCUUUCGAGUCGCCAUUGAAUCCAAUGAAGGAUUUCGAAAUGGCGUCUUGAAAGUCAAGGAGCCGGAUGUUCAAAGUAAUAAUGAGGAAAAGCCACCCAAAAGCUCUAAUCACCCACACCGGCGCCACGGCUUAGCGCCUAAUAAGAUUACUUUAAUGCGGAUUCACCGAGGAAAUUAUAUGGCGGAGGGUACAAAGGAUUUAUUUGCCCAGCUUCCAGGUACACACAGGUCGUUGAGUCGACGUACUGCCCUCCUACCCAACGUAAGUCUUGGUGGAUCUCAUUCCUCAGGGCACCCCUUUGAUCCCAGUCGGUCAUUAUCACGGACUACCAGUGCACCUACUCACUCAAAAGUUCAGGAGACGUCCAGAGAAAAUACCUCUGGUACGAGUACUGCGCGUAAAGCAGCCAACUCGGAUGUAUCCUUAAAUCCUGACAGUGAAAGGACAGGAGAAAGUGAGAACACUAGCACGGAGUCCCAAUCCAAUCAGAGAGUCGCGUGGUGGCGAUCAACACGAUCACACACUCCCAGUUUUGGAUUUAAAUUUCCCCAUAAAAAGUUAAAAGGCCUCGGUUCAAUGAUUCCCCUUACAACGCUCCUCGUUGCGCUCCUCAUUUUCAGCCUUCCAUACCAAAUUCUACGGGUGUUAAAGGCCCUGUGGUUUCCACUGGACCUGCCAAACGAAGUGUUUGCACACCUCUUUUGGCUGGCCUGUACCAAUGCCCUCAUUAAUCCUGUGAUAUUGACAUUCUGGUCCUCGGCAUGUCGAGCUAAGGUCCUUCACCUCAUCUCCUGUGGUCGAUUCCGUCACAAUCAGGCGGCUAUCAAGAGGCUGAUAAUUGCCAGCUUUGGAACUGCCAAUCUGCCUUAUGGACGGCAAGUGCAUCCACAGAUGCUAAAAAUGACAACCAAAGUCAAAUUUAAUGGACCAAUUGAGCAUCUUCUCGGAGCAUUCGUGAUCAUUCAAUCACCUUUCUGUGUGUUGCACGACUACUACGGAGCUACGGAGGUCAAUUGGAAACAGAAAAGUUUGGAAAAUUUUUCAGAGCUUGUAAACUGA